UUGGCGUUGGUUUUGAAAUACACGCAAGCAGCCCAAACCAAAGAACAUUGCCUUGAUAGACUCAUAGGAAGAACAGCCAAUCAAAAUAUAACAGAAGCGUAGCUCCUUCGCAACCCAGACACGCCCUUAACUACUCGUGAGCUCCACAUCGGCAACGUAAAGGAGUAACACACUGUCGCAAAACCCGAGUGCCUUUCAGAAGAAAAAAAUCAACAAACCCCUCCUGCCUGUGCUGUUUCCAGUGCCUUGCUGGUGCCGUUUCCGUGUGAAAGUGCCCUCUCAUUCGACGACGUUGACGGCAUCAACGAGUAAGUACCUGGUUGUCAGGUUGGACAGCGGUCGUUGAGUUUCGGAUGAACGUGAGCUAACUGGCUGACCAACCGGACCGUGGAAAGGAUAAGGAGAUAUUCAAAUUCAGACGGACCGAAGUGCCAGUUGAACAGUGUCAGCCAGCUGAGCAGGAAACACUACCUCACGGCCGGUCACCUGGGAAUUCAAGAUGGAUCAGUGCGUGGGGAACUUCUCGCCGUCGGCGCAGCUCGCCUGCCACAUCCAUCGGAAAUAGCUGAUUGCCGUCGCACCCAAAACCAGCACAUAGACUCACAGUGGAAUAUAUUUUCAUCGUUUUGGCUAUUUGGUUGGCGGUUGAGCCUUGGGGCCAUACUUGCCCGUCCAUGUGGCAUUGCAUUCUUGUGUUGCCGUAACUGCCAAAAAAUUCUGCCGUUACCAUAAUGUGGAGCCGUGAGAAGUGAGUGACGGGAUUAUUAUCUAAUAGCUGCCUACAUGCUCGCUGGCUUCCCCGCCGCCGUGAACCCAGCAGAAUGGCAUCAAACGAGAGGCUUUACGAGGUGUGGAUGCUCUACUGCAACAAGAGGGACCCAGACUACCUGAAGCUCUGGCUGGAGAUCUUCAUUGGCUCCUACGAGAGAUGUCUGGACGUGGACUUCGAGAAACCACCCACCAGGCUGGAGGAGGUGCCCCCGGUCAUGACCCUGCUCCCAGACACCAUCCUGCAGGUGUUACGUCAGCAGCUGCUGCAGUGCGUUCAGAAGGCGUCCGACGGCUUGGAGCCGGAGCAACAACACCUCGCGCUCUUACUCCUCAAGUUCCUCAUCAUCAUCUGCAGGAAUCUGUCCAAUGUUGAGGAGAUCGGCACCUGUUCCUACAUCAACCAUGUCAUCACCAUGACGACGCUCUACAUUCAACAGUUAAAGAGUAGGACGAAAGAGAAGGAGUUGGCUGACCAGACCCAGGCUGAGGAGUUUGUGCGUCUCGCUCUGGCCUUCUGUGAGAGCCUGUACGACCCCUACCACAACUGGAGACGCCACGCGCAGGGGCAGCAGCUCGGGACAGUGGAGAGGAGUCGACAGAAGUACAAAGCCGCCCCUCUCACAGUGGAGUUUGUCCCCUUCUUUUACCAGUGUUUCCAGGAGAGUGAGCAUCUGAAGGACAGUCUGAAAUGUUGUCUGCUGCACCUGUUUGGGGCGAUUGUGGCAGGGGACCAGCGUAACGCUCUGUGUGCCAUCUCUCCGGCCACUAUGGAGGUUCUGCUGGGGGUGCUGGGCGGGUGUGAGCGUGUGGGGGGUGGGGGCGGUCCCGUGGACGGGGACUCAGGGGACGGGGGGGUGGAGGCCCCGGAGCGGAAGGCCCUCCUGACGCUGGGCUGCCUGCGGGAGGUGGUGCAGCGUCUCCUGGCCAGCGCCUCCGACCAGCGGCAGGUGGAGAUCAGCGCCCUGCUGGAGAGCUACUUCAAGCUGCUGAACUCCGACCCCGCCACCGCCGGUGCGCCGCUGCAGGGCAAGGGUGGCGGUGGCGGCGGCCGCGGCAACAACAACAACAACCACGUCACCAUGACGACGGGCUCCACGCCGACAGUGCAGAGGUCCAGGCACUGGGAGAGCCGCUUUGUGGCCCUGCAGGAGCACAUGCUGGACACUAUCAGGGACAUGUUUGAGUGCUCAGACAGACCUGUACUGCAGGCCAUCUUCCUCAACAGCAACUGCUUUGAGCACCUAACCCGCCUACUACAGAACAGCAAGCUGGUUAAUGCUAGGUGUACGGCAGCUGACAAGGACCAAAAAGACUUAGCCAACAGGUUACUUACAGGAGAGCCUGACACUCAGGUGUUUCAGGGGAGGGUAGACUCUCUGGCCGUGGCAACUAUUAAAGCCUUGACAACAGUGAUGCACAAAUCCCCAGCUGCUAAGGAGGUGUUCAAGGAGCGGAUUGGCUACACUCACCUGUAUGAGGUGCUGGUCUCCCUGGGCCAGCCCUCUAGACACCUGCUGAAGGAGCUCAUGAACAUGGCGGUGGAGGGGGAACACUCCUCGGUGGGUCUGCUGGGCCUGAGUAACGUGGACCCGCUGCUCCUGCUGCUGCGCUGGCUGCCCGAGCUGACCUCCGCCGAGCUGCAGGUCUCCACCUCCGAGUGGCUGCGUCGACUCUGCUGCGCCGACCGGCGCACGCGCUCCACCUGCGUCAACGCCCGCAUGCCGCCCUGCAUCCUGGCCACGCUGCGCCACCACGGCCGGCUCCACCGCGCGGCCGCACACUCCCUGCUGGCGCUGCUGGGCUCGCUGGGCUCCCAGUCGCUAGGUGGCGCCGAGCUCCAGAGCCUGCUGCGGCUGCUGCGCCAGGAGGAGCCCGGGCGCCCGCACCCGUACGUGGGCGCGGCGCUGCGGGCGCUCCUGGCCAUGGCGCGGAGGACCUCCUCGGGGGGUCUGGAGAGCGCCACGCAGUACUUCGACCUGGCGCCCAGCAUGGCGGGCGUGGCCGUGCCGACCGUGCAGAGGUGGCCGGGCGCGGCGUUCAGCUUCCUGGCGUGGCUCUCGCUCGACCAGGAGACGCUGGGACCGCCGGGGAAGGGAGAGAAGAGGAAGCAGCUCUACAGUUUCUUCUCUCCGGGCGGUACAGGGUUCGAGGCCUUCAUCAGCGCGGCUGGUCUGCUGGUGGUUGCCGUGUGCACCAGGAAGGAGUACGUGACGGUGAUGCUGCCGGACUACUGCUUCUGUGAUUCGCUCUGGCAUAGUAUCGGCGUAGUGCAUGUUCCAGGCAAGAGGCCGUUUGGUCAGAGUCUGGUGCACAUCUAUGUGGACGGCCAACAGAAGCUGUCUUCCCCUCUCAAGUUCCCCAACAUGACAGAGCCCUUCACCUCCUGCUGUAUCGGCUCGGCGGGCCACCGCACCACCACCCCGCCCCCCUCCCAGAUUCCCGACCCCCCCUUCUCGGGCUCCUCCCCCGCCGGCCGCUCCUCCCUGGGGGGCAUCCUGUCGGCGGGAGCCUGGGGGGGGCUCCUGGGGGGGGGCAAGCCAGAGUCGGUGACCAAGCUCAUCUCCGCCGGCACGCAGGACUCCGAGUGGGGCAGUCCCACCUCGCUGCAGGGGCAGCUGGGAAGUGUCAUGGUGUUCCACGAGGCCCUGACGGCCAAUCACGUCAAAGCACUCUUCAGCGCAGGUCCAAACUGCAUCUCUCCUUUCAGAAGUCAGGAGGCGGAGCUAGGCGACCUGUCAACCAAACUCCUACUCCACUACUCUCCAAAGGCGUGUAGGAACCCAAUCUGUCUGGAUCUCUCCCCUAACCUGCUCCACGGCAGACUGACUGGGAACAAGGUGGUCAACUGGGACAUCAAGGACAUGAUCAACUGUAUCGGUGGGAUGCCAGUUCUGCUGCCCAUCCUGGAGCAGCUCACGCUGCUGACCCCAGAUCAGACGGAAUCCACGGGGUCGGAGGUCAUCUCCCCUGACCUCUCCACACCCGCGGACGGAGACUGGGUCAUCCUGCCCUCCAACAGGGCAUCAGAGGCGCGUCUGGAGAAGAACCUGGUGGCCACUUUCCUGCUGACUGUGAAGCACUUCCUGCAGAGACACCCCAUCAACCAGGAGAGUCUGCUACACACACACGCAGUCACAACACUGGGAGCACUGCUGCAGAAGCUCCCGGCCUUCCUGGUGGACGUGAGUGUGUUGGUGGCGGUGCAGCUGCUGAUGGAACAGGUGACGUGUGAGAAGAACGCCCCGCUGUUGCAGAAGCUCCACACACACCUGCUCUUCAACUUCAGCCUCUGGAACCAGGGAGACUUCCCCCUGCGCAUCGGCCACAUCCAGUACAUGUCCACCGUCAUCAAAGACAGCAGGAAGCAGUUUAGGAAGAGGUAUGGAGUUCAGUUCCUGCUGGACACCAUCCGCCUCUACUAUGGUAACCCCAGAGAGGGUGAGACCCUGAGCGAGGAUGACAUCCGCACCAUCCGAGCGUCCCUCUGUGGCCUCCUCAAGUACUACGUCAGCAAGGGCCUCACCCAGGAGGAGCUGCAAAGCAUUCUGGGAUACAUCGCCGCCAUCGGAGACGAGGAGCAGCUGUGUGGGGUCCUGGAGCUGCUCCUGACGCUGCUGCAGACGAGCGCGGCGCGUGAUCAACUCUUCCUCCUGAUGUUUGAGCCGGGGGCGGCCGACUCCUGCUACGCCCUGCUGCUCAACAACAAACACUCCGACCGCCUCAGAGAGCUCGUCUUCAAGCUGUUUGAGCGCAUGUUGAAGUGUGAGCGUGUGUAUGAGCGCAGUAAACACAGGCUGAAGCUGAGGGAUGUGGGAUACUCCGGCCUCACACUCCUCCUCCCCGACACACACAUCACACACACCCUCGUCAGGAGCCUCCUCAACCAGGUGCUCAACACAGACACUGUUAUCAGCUAUAAGGACCUGAUGGCUCUGGUGCAGCUGGCCCAUCGUGCUGGACCCAACGUCCGUCUGACCGUCUGCAAGAGAAUCUACUCUCUGCUCCAGACUCAUCAGGAUGCUGCUCAUCAGAUCUCGAGGCAGCUGUGCUGGCAGGAGACUCUCACGCGGCUCUUCCUGCGGCCGCCUGCAGGGGGCGACGGGGGGUCGGGGCGGGGCGGGGGCGACGCCGCCAGCCUGGGCAGCCUGGACCUGAGCCGGGGGGGCGGGGGCCGCCUGGAGACCCAUCUGGACGCGCCCUCGGGCCGCAGGACCCCCUCCGACUGCGGGGGCGACGGGCGCUCCGUGGACAGCCUGGACGCGGGGGACGCGGCGUCCUUCUGCGAGACCGCCCCGGGGAGGGGGGGGGGGUUGAGUCUAGACCUGUCCCAGCAGGGGGACAGCGGCAGCCAGACGCCCGGGAGCAUGCCCAGUACGCCGUCGCCCCUGGAGACCAGCAAGCCCUUCCCAGGAGCCCCGGCGGCGGCCGAGCGGGACCACAGCUCGUCCCUGACUGAUGACAGCUUCCUGUUCAGCGACAACAUCUCGCUGGGAGAGUCUUUCAACAGCGCAGAGCGUGCGGAGGAGGAGCUGUGUCGACUCCUGCAGGAGGUGGUGUUGUGUGUGAUGUGGCGAGGGGUGGAGGGCUCUGACGAUGCCGCCUGGCAGGAGAGGGGUCAGGUGUUCUCUGCCCUCACCAAGCUGGGCACCUCCAACGACCUGCUCAUGCCCGUCGACCAGGUCAAGCUCAGUCUGCUGGAGCGCAUGCUGGAGUUGGCGGUGUCGGCCAACCGUGAGUCCCCCGCGGCGACGCUCCCCCAGCACACGGAGAGCGCGGUGCGUCUGCUGCACGUGGUCCAGGACUUCCUGCAGGCGGAGGGGCUGGUGUCGCCAGCGCUGUGGAGCGAGCGGCUCCUGGAGGAGACCGUGGCCCUCAUGGACGCCCUCAUGGUGUGGCACACCGCCGGGCAGCAGUGGCACCAGCUGGCACAGCUCGGACUCAGGCUGCUGCUGGGCUUCAUGGCGCAGGAGGACCCGCAGGUGUGUGCCAUGGCCACCGCCAGGCUGAACGGCAUCCUCCAGACCAAGUCGAUCGAGUCUCAGGACGAGGCGUGCUACCUGCUGGGGCGCGUGGAGGCCAUCCUGCGGCGCGCCCUGGAGACGCGGGCGGACGGGGCGGACGGGGAGGAGACCUACUCCUUCCUGGUGCCUCUCUUGCGCACCCUGCUGGCCAAGGUGCACCGCACGCUCUACAUGGAGCUCCACCUCCCCGGCCUCCCCGACACCAACGGCAGCCCCUCCUUCUUCGAGGACUUCCAGCAGUACUGCAGGGCGCCCGAGUGGAGGGUGUACCUGGACAAAUACAUCAUCCCCUACAUGAAGCAGUAUGAGAUCGAGACCUUUAGUCUGGGUCAUGAGACCAUGGCUCUCUUCUGGAAGGAUUGCCACCAGGCCUUUAUGGUCAACCUGCACGGGCGAGAGAGGGAGAGAGGGGAGAGCAAGAUCCGCUUCCAGGAGCAGUUUGUGGAACCCUUCAGCAGACGUGGCCGACAGGAGAACCUGCGCUACAACAGCAUGCUCAAGCAGCUGCACACGCACAACAGCGCCACCUUCAGGCAGUGGAAGGCAGCGCGCCGAGGCCUUGUCUGUGAGAGAGGGCCCUGGGCAGACAGUCAGCAGAGUGAGCUCCACUGGCGUCUGUCCAGCGCUGAGAACUACUCCCGCAUGCGUCUGAAACUGGUGCGCAGCGCGACCUUCGACCCGCACCGUGAGGCCAGCGCACUCAGAGACAACCUCGGGGUGCAGCGGCAGCAGGUGUGUGCCGAGUCGCUCCUGCUCGAGGCGGCCAAGCAGGUGAAGGUCAGCGACCUGGAGGACGACAUCCUGGAGCUGCCCGAGGAGGACCCCGCCACGGCCAAUCAGGUGGAGGCGGAGGAGGUGGGCCAGAAGGAGAAGCUGGUGUUGUGGGAGGACUGUGAGCUGGUGACGGUGGUGGACGUGUUCCCCGGGCGCCUGGAGCUCACCACGCAGCACAUCUACUUCUACGACAGCAGCACCGAGAAGGAGGAGGGCGUGGGUCAGGACUUCAAGUGGCCGCUGUCUCAGAUCCGUGAGGUGCACCUGCGCCGAUACAACCUUCGUCGCUCCGCCCUGGAGAUCUUCCUCAUCGACCAGACCAACUACUUCCUCAACUUCAAGAAGGAGGUGCGUAAUAAGGUCUAUAACCGGCUGCUGUUGCUGCGUUCUCUCUCUCUGUACGGAACACGCUCUCCUCAGGAGCUCCUCAAGGCCUCAGGCCUCACACAGAAAUGGGUGAACCGGGAGAUCUCCAACUUUGACUACCUGAUCCAGCUCAACACGGUCGCCGGGCGGACCUACAACAACCUGGCCCAGUACCCUGUGUUUCCCUGGAUCUUGUCAGACUACACGUCAGAGGAGUUGGACCUGUCGGACCCGCGCGUGUUCCGAGAUCUGUCCAAGCCCGUCGCCGUGCUCAACGAGAGGAACGCCAAGGCCGUCAGAGAGAAGUUCGAGAGUUUCGAGGACCCCACGGGCACCAUCGACCGCUUCCACUACGGGACGCACUAUUCCAACGCCGCGGGGGUGAUGCACUACCUCAUCCGGGUCGAACCAUUCACCUCGCUGCACAUCGAGCUGCAGAGCGGACGCUUUGACUGUGCUGAUCGUCAGUUCCACUCCAUCCCGGCCACCUGGCAGGCUCUGAUGGAUAAUCCCAACGACGUCAAAGAGCUCAUCCCGGAAUUCUUCUACUUCCCAGAGUUCCUGGAGAACCAGAAUGGUUUUGACCUGGGCCGGCUGCAGAUCUCCAAGGAGCGGGUGAAUGAUGUCAUCCUGCCCAAAUGGGCCACAUCCCCGCAGGACUUCAUCUACAAACACCGGAAAGCUCUGGAGUCUGAGUACGUGUCUGCCCAUCUACACGAGUGGAUUGAUCUGAUCUUUGGGUACAAACAGAGGGGCCCAGCUGCAGUGGAGGCUCUCAAUGUGUUUUACUACUGCACUUAUGAAGGGGCGGUGGAUCUGGACGCCAUCACUGAUGAGAAGGAGCGGAAGGCUCUGGAAGGGAUGAUCAGCAACUUUGGACAGACGCCGUGCCAGCUGCUCAAGGAGCCCCAUCCCGUGCGUCUGUCUCUGGAGGAGCUGGAGAAGAGGAAGGCCCGGCUGGACUCCUGUCCUCUCAGCGUCUUUGAACACGUCACCGAACUCAAGUCCUUCUUCGUGGAGGGCAUUAGUGACGGUGUUGCGCUGGUGAAGGCUGUGGUUCCUAAGAACCAGUCCCACUCCUUCAUCUCCCAGGGCAGCCCCGACUCUCUGGUAACGGUGAGCCAGAACUGCCUGAUGGGAACUCACGGCUGGUUGCCUUACGACAAGAACAUCUCCAACUACUUCACCUUCAUCAAAGACCCCACUGUGUCCAACCCCAAGACUCAGCGUGUCCUGUCGGGUCGGUUCUGUCCGAGUGUGGAGGUGGCGUCCGGUCUGUUUGUCGUGUCCCACGACGGCAAGCUGCUCUUCAGCGGAGGCCACUGGGACAACAGCCUGAGGGUCACCUCACUGGUCAAGGGCAAGACCACGGGACAACACAUCAGACACAUGGACAUCGUGACGUGCCUGGCGACGGAUCACUGUGGGAUCCACCUGAUGACCGGCUCCAGGGACACUACCUGCAUGGUGUGGCAGGUGCUGCAGCAGGGUGGUGCUCCAGUAGGUCUCUAUCCUAAGCCUGUGCAGGUGCUGUACGGACACACAGAUGAGGUGGUCAGUGUGAGCAUCAGCACAGAACUGGACAUGGCUGUCUCAGGAUCACGGGACGGAACGGUGAUCAUCCACACGGUGCGGCGGGGGCAGUACCUGCGCUCGCUGCGUCCCCCCUGUGAGAGCUCACUUCCUGUAUCCAUCAUGCACCUGGCCGUGUCCUGGGAGGGACACCUGGUAGUGCACACCUGUGUGGAGGGGAAAGCCACACUCAAGGAUAAGAACGCCCUGCACCUGUACUCUGUGAAUGGGAAGCACCUGUGCACAGAGGCUCUGAGGGAGCAGGUGACGGACAUGUGUGUGUCGGGGGAGUACGUCGUCAUGGGCAGCGAACAGGGCUACCUGUCAAUCAGAGAUCUGUACAGCCUGGCGCUGUGUGUGCCCCCGCUGGCGAUGCGCGUGGCGGUGCGGUGUGUGUCGGUGACCAAGGAGCAGAGCCAGGUGCUGGUGGGGCUUCAGGACGGGAAGCUGAUCGUGGUGGGCGUGGGCAAGCCGGCCGAGAUGCGCCCCGGCCAGAUCACUCGGAAGCUGUGGGGUUCCAGCAAGCGUCUGACCCAGAUAUCCUCGGGAGAGACGGAGUACCACUGAUCCCGCACCCUCCCUCCACCCCCUCACCUCCCAACUGGCCCGCUGCCCUGUCAAUCAUGACAAUCAUCCAAUCAGAGCUGGCCAGACCACGUGUGAUUGGAGAAUGACUGAGUUUGGUUGGCCCUUACUGUGGGCCUGGACCCUACCUCCAGAUAGUGUGUGUGUGUGUGUGUGUGUGUCUGUGUGUGUGUGUGUGUGUGUGUCUGUGUCUGUGUGUGUGUGUGUGUGUGUGUGUGUGUGUGUGUGUGUGUGUCCUGACAGCUGGACAAGCGCGGGCGCUCUGGCUCAGUUUGUCGUGUGUGUGUGUGUGUGUGUGUGUGUGUGUGUGUGUGUGUGCCUGUCUCACUGCAUCCCCAUACAUUAACCCAAAUAGCAUGUUACCCUGUCACACCAAUCCCAUAAUCCUUCACUCUUAAAAUGACCAUCAUCAUCAUCAUCAUCAUCAUCAUCACCAUCAGUUGCAAUCUUUCACACUGUACCACAGGAAAAGUCCACUUUCGUGUUGGUCAGGGGGACAUUGUUUGGUGUUUUAGUGUGUGUGUGUGUGUGUGUGUGUGUGUGUGUGUGUGUGUGUGUGUGUGUGUGUCUCUGUGUUCUGCCUUUUGGUGCAAGGUGUAGAAUGGCCAUGUGUGAGGCAGUAAAUGUUCAGAGAUUGUGUGUGUGUGUGUGUGUGUGUGUCUCAUCACAUGACAUCAUACACAUCAUACACACACCAUGUCUUGUGGCAUAAGGUUCACCAAUGUAAACACACACUCUCAUUUUAAUGAAGUUUAAAGACAUUUUGUUGAUUUUGCAAACGGCAACUUGUGUCAGUGAAGCAAUAUUUUGUAACAAACUCUCUCACACACACACACACACACACACACACACACACACACCUGCUAACACUGUUGUGGUAGUGUGUGUGUGUGGUCACUUUAGAGUGCUCGACUUUUUAACCAUAGAAUGUUUUCUUUACUCAUUACUUGAAAUGAUCAUGUUUGUUUGUUUGUUUGUUUGUGUGUUGUUAUUUAUGUGACUUGGGCUGAGCGGUUGCGUUGCCUAGUGUGUGUGUGAUGGCUGGUGAUGAGGGUAGUGGACACAGGGCUCACACACACUCUCCUCCAGACCAGGGGAAUGCUAAGGGCUCCCCCCCCCCCCCGAAUCAGCCCUCCACAUGGUACAUUCCAGCCUCUGCUUUAGUGGCUGACCAAAACAACACUGCUAUAGUCUUCCUGGUUAGUCCACGGGGCCUCUUAAGGAGGGGGGUGGACACUGAUGUUGGGUCAAAGAUGGGAAGAUGCCUCCACCUCUGUCUGCUUGAGCGCCCCUCUGUUGAGGACGGUUCUGUGUGUCGUUCUUGUCUUGUCUUGUGUGUGUGUGUCCUGGUAUGUGUGUUUGAAUGAAUGACUCUCAAACGGUUCUCUGCAGAAAUGCCAAAGCCAGAGACCUGUGGAGUGACUGUAGGCUGUGAGAGACACACACACACACACACACACACACACACACCACACACACACUGUAGGCUGUGAGACAGUGCCCUGGCCAGUAGGUGGCGCUGUGGAGUGACUGUAGGCUGUAAGACACACACACACACACACACACACACACACACUGUAGGCUGUGAGGCAGUGCCCUGGCCAGCAGGUGGCGCUAUAAGAGUGAUUGGUCAGUUAAGGGCCUCUGUGUAUUCAGUCUCACUGCCCUGUGCACCCACCCGUGGCAAAACACUUAUGAUCGUAAGACAAAGACAAACUUCAGCGUCUGUGUGUGUGUGGAUGUGUGUGCCUGUGUGUGAACCGUCGUGUCUUUGUUUUUAUUCUGUGCUAUGACCUGACGGUGUGUGUGUGUGUGUGUGUGUGUGUGUGUGUAUAAUAUAUUCCACCACUGAAAUAAAAACAGAGUGCCUUUUCCCCAUGAUGCCCCAGUGCUUCCUGAUGCAGAAACCCCCGUUCCCCGUCCCCGUCCGCGACCCUUGACCUCCAUAAACAACAGCAUUCCACUAAAAGGAAAAUGAAAUGCCUCUUUUGGGAAUCAAAAAUCAUCAAAGCUCUUUGCCAGAGGUUGGAUCUAACCAGAAUCUUUGUGACUCUUAAAGUUUAGCUGCUUUAGAUUUGACUUGUUACCAAUGGAUGUGAGUUCAUGUCAGUGUGUGUGUGUGUGUGUGUGUGUGUGUGUGUGUGUGUGUGUGUGUGUGUGCUUAUUUAUGAAUACGGUAUGAAAUGUACAGCAUGGUUUUUAUUUCUGUGUAUUUGAACUGUAUUUUUUGCACUUUCAAGGUACUACCAAUUGUUGAGAUUUGAUUGAUUGAUUGAUUUAUUGAUUAAUUAAUGAAUUGAUUGUUUUAAAUGGCUUCUUGAUCUGUACAGAAAAACUGCUUUGUAUACACAAGUGGAAAAUGAGAAUUAAAGCCCUAUUGAAAAUCA